CACAGAAAUUCAAAAGUGCUACGAGUGAAACUGUCAAAUGAAACUUUACCUGCCUCCCUCUGUGCUUUAUUCUACAGUCACCUCAGAAGAUGGCUGUUCUUUGGAUCUUGGCUUUCGAGUUGAUCUUGAAGAAAAAGGAUUCUACACGGAGAAUUUCCACUCAGCAGCGUGGGUUUUCCGAGGAGAUGAUGGGGAUCCUGAGGACAGUCCCAGAUGUCUUAGUAAAAAACCCCGACCGGUAGCUGUUCGAGAGCGAACCGUGAGGCUGUUCAAAGGAACCGGUGAUUAUCCCUGGGGAUUCCGAAUUGAAUUCUCCAAGCCAAUCGUGGUCACCGAAGUGGAUGCUAACAGUGCUGCAGAGGAAGCCGGCCUCCAGAUGGGAGACGUGGUGCUGGCUGUCAAUGGCACGGAGGUCACCAGCGCGGAGCACGCAGAAGCUGUGCACCUUGCCAGGAAAGGUCCGGACAUCUUGACCCUCGUGGUGGGAUCUGACAUCAGUCGCUGUCCCAAUACUCCUUGGCCCACCUGCCGCGGCUACCUCCAUAAGAGGACUCACUCGGGCUUUGUGAAGGGUUGGAGGAAGAGGUGGUUUGUGCUGAAGCAUGACGGCUGCCUCCACUAUUACAGACACAAGAAGGAUGAAGGAAAAUGCCCGCCUCUGGAAAUAAUAAAAUUAGAAGGUGCAGAAGUUGGCAUGGAUAGCAGUUUGGGAAAACCAUUUGUGUUUAACUGUGUGCCUCAGUCUGGAAAUCGAACUUUUUGCCUCUGUGCAACGUCGAACCAAGAAAUGAAAAGGUGGCUUGAGGCAAUGGACAAAGCAACCCAUCCUGUCCGCCAGACCCAUGUCUGGGAAGAUGUUACUCUGCACAACAGUAGCCUUCCGCCCCUGGCUAUCAAGAACCCGGAGUGCCUGGGCCUUUUGCACCAAUUGGACAGAAGCACAGAUAUGUGGGUCCAGCACUAUUGCAUUCUGAAGGACGGCUGCUUGUACCUCUAUGCUAGCAUUCGCUCCACCCAGGCUUCAGGUGGCCUGUAUUUACAAGGAUAUAGGGUGAACGAGCAGACCCUAAGCUCCAAGCAGUCAGUAAUUGAACUCAAACCUCCAUCUGAAGAGUUCAAGACUUUCUAUUUCUGUGCAGAAAAUAAGACCGAAAACCAACGCUGGAUUACAGCUCUGAAAAUGUCUAUCAAAAAGUGGCUUCCUUUGCAUCAGGCUAUUCAAGACUUCAUGAAUCGACCUCUAGAAGAGACUAGAAUGUGAAAGAAACCCUAAUCUUAAGAGAAGUGACCCACAAAAUCAUCACCAACCAAUAUGGGAAGAAACAAAAAUAUGAUUUCAUUAUAUAGCAUUCAACUGAGCAUUUCUCAGAUACACUAAAACUUUGUGGUAAGAUUAUACUUUUGUUUUUGAACUAAAGCACGGAAAUCUAACCUGACAAUCUAUAACAACAUUGUUAAUACCCCCACAUUUUUGCCCACCAGGCUGUACGUGUUAGCAUCAAAAUAUAGUAUGUCCCUUACCCCUGUCUUUUGAAAGCAUAAAUACAAUAAAAGUUGAUUUAUUUUC